AUGGUGGUCCAGUGCUGCUGCUGCACCGGCCCAACACUGCGAGCAGCCAAACAUGAGAAUAACGCCCGACUCGACCCCUCCCGGCCGCGGCGCCAGUCGACGGCAGCAUCGCCGGCGCACGCCGCCCGACCCCGCCCCGUUCCGUGGUCGCCUCCGACCCGCCCCUUGCUCUUGCUUCUUCUGCUGCUACUCUGCUGCGUUCAGGCGAGCGCCUACGACCCGCUCGAUCCGAGCGGAAACAUCACCGUUAGCUGGGACUUCGUCGACAUCAAGGACAUUUACUCGGUCUCGGUUAGUCUCCAGAACUACCAGCUCUACCGCCACCUCGAGGAUCCAGGGUGGCGGCUGAGCUGGUUUUGGGCUGGCGAUGAGGUGAUCUUGGACGCGAAGGGCGCGGAGGCGACCGAGCAGGGAAACUGCACUCGCUUCGUCGGUGCUCACAGCUGCGAGAAGCGGCCUGUAAUGAAGGACCUGGGCCCCGGCGUGCCGUACAACCUUCAGGUCGCCAACUGCUGCCGGGGCGGUGUCCUGUCUUCGGUCAUGCAGAACAGCAAGGCGGCCACAUCGACGUUCAUGAUGACCGUCGGCAACUUUGCUCCUUCCAGCGACGGCAGCCCCCAGAUGCCAUUCAAUUUCAGCAUUGGGGUGCCAGGUUACACUUGCAGCAAUGCCACAGUGGUGCCCCCAUCCAGGCCCAGAUCAACAAGCAGCGGCACAUCCAGGCCCUGAGUAUGUCUUUUACUUGCGAGUGUAAUUUAUUUAGUAGAGGUCUUGCAAUACGUAGCAUUUAUCUGAUUAUUCUUGUUGUGCAAUGUAUAGUUGCAGUCUUGCAGAUAGGAAUUAACAAAUAUCACAACACCAGGCAAUGAAAAUACACGAGUGAUAGUCAAAAA